AUGGACAGUCUUGAGAAGGAUGUGGAGCGUUUGCAGGUAAACGUGCCGCUCCCAAGCUUUGCCGAUGAAUCCAGCAGUGCCUUUGUACCGAGUGAUGAACGGACCGAGGAGCAACUGCAGAUAAUAGAGCAGUACGAAACGAAACUCCGCGAGGAAACUGAGGCGGUUGAUGCGCGCAAAAAUGAGCUACGAGGCGAGGUCAAACGAUUGCAAGCCGAAUGCGGCACCUUGGCAGCGGACUUCGACCUGAAGUUGAGAAGUCUCCGCUCACUUCGUGCUGCUACGGCAAAGACUCUCCAUGAAAUAGACUUGAAACUUGUGUUGCUGUUACAACAUCGAUUAAUGUUUUUUGACACUUUGAAAAAGUUCGAUGCGCUGCAAGAGAAAAUUGCCUUCCUUUUUCGACAGAUGGAAAAACAAUCUUUUGCAAUCGAAGUAAAACAAAAAGUGGUUGCAUCUAUGCGGUCCUCUAUUCAUGAUAUGGAAGAAAAGCUAAAAGGAUUCCUUUCCACUGUACGUAAUUGUGAACCUUUUGUCGAUGAGCUCCAUGGUGAAAAACUCUAUCGCCGAUUUAUGCGCUGGAAACGCCUCUUCGACUCAGGAAAGAGUGAAUUACCUCGUGAGAAUCGGCCUCCAGAUGGUGUCCCACCUGAGUUAUGGACUGCAUUUUGUGGCCGUUCAAAGGAGGUUCUACAGCUCCGAGUGCAGAUCCAAGAAAGUCAAGCUCCGUAUAAACAGGAGGUUGAAUUGCUGAACGAUUUGCAAAAGGAGAUGGUAAUCUUUGACGACUCUGCGCAUGUCCUUGAGGUUGAGAGGGAACGUCUACCUUUGGAUCUUUUAGAUUCCUUUUUAAAUAUUAGAUGCCUUUAUCACCUUCACCAAGGCCAGAUUCAGGAUGAGAAGGCGAUGCUAACAUCAGACUUCAAUACCUCACAUUUGCAUUGGGUCUCUGAUGUUGACCAGUACAACCAGGCCAUAUUUUCCAGCGCUGCGAAGAGCGAUCAGCUCUUGAGCAAGAUUGUGAAGCGAAAGCAGCUUAAUAUGAAGCGGAGGUUUGAAGCGAAGCGACUUGACUACUGCACCGGAACAUUUAAAUUGGAACUUCAGCAAUUGCACACUCUUCGUGUGACGCGCUUGAUGCAGGAAUGGCUGUGCGGCGAUGAAGAGGUCUCAGAGGAAAAAGCGAUAGCCAAAAUCAGAGACCAUAUUCAACUAGUGAACCUCAGCAUGACGCAGAAGAUGGACCAGCUCAAUUUGAACGUCAAACAGCUCAAACGGCAAAUAGUCGAGCACGCCACGGAAAACCGCUUCGUAGACACUGAAAGGGAAAAAUUGCGUUGCACAGUUCAAGAUGCUCGUACAGUGAAGAGCAUGACUGAUGCCUAUAGGGACAUCCCUAGUCAAAUUGCCACCAGGGCGAGAACGAUUUUCCAGAAAAGUGAAAUGGAAGAGGUGGCGCGUUCCCAGCAAGAGGAGCUUGUGCAACUUAAGAAUGAGGUUGACCGGCUUCGUGCAAAAACGUUUCCUUCCUUUACAGCUGUCUGUAAGCGAAUAUAG